CGCGCUUGGAUCUGCUGCAACCCACUUUGAGUCAUUUUCGCAGUCGCUGUUUGGUCGCGCUUCGUGGCUGCAUUGACUCAUCCGCUUGAUCCUCCACUCACUGUCCAUGACCCGGAAUGACCAUCUGGAUUGCUUACCAUUAGAUGCCGGUUCGCUCGUUUUGACUCGAAUUCGGACACUCUCCCCCAAGAUCCGCCGUUGCUUCUAGGCCAUGCCCAAGAAGCACCAGCCCACCUAUGCAUCGACCAAACCAACAUACGUCCACCCGUCCCUGCAAAGCUCGCGCAACGCAGCUUCGUCUUCCACUCCGUCCCCACAGACCGUGAACGAACGCAUACAGCAACUGCGCCGCGAGCAGGCCCCGCGCGCAACCGCACAACGUAGAGAUGAGGUCAGUGAAGUUGUCAGUGGUCAACGCACCGUGCCGCCCGAGCUGAGGCGGAUUCUGCAUAUGGCAGAGGUUGACGCGCCGAAACCGAAGCCAGGUAGACGGAGAAUGCAUGGCGAAAGACCGCCGCCGGGGCCCGCCGCCCCCACCAGCUGGCUGAGCAAAAGCAGAUGGGCGCCAGACUAUGCGCGGAAGCCCAAGACAUUCGACGGGCAUGACAAUGGCGUCGGUCGAUUUUGCAAGCUGGCGAGUGUUCACAAUGAAGAAUUCAAGCGUCUACCGCCGGCACGAAGCCUCAUUCACCACUGUCUGCGAGCGUUCGCAUUGCAUUGGGAGGAAGUUGCAAUAUACGAGCAACAUUACCUUCCCGCGCUGCCGUUCGCGCUCAAAGAGGCGAUGCUCAGUUACCUCUCCCUAUACGGGGAGCGAUCAUGUCUAGACUUCAAAACGUUCAAGAUCCUGUUCCAGAGCGACAGCGAGGUGGAAGGCGCUUCAGGAUCUGAGGACAUACAGUUCCUCGAUCUGACAGGCUUGCUGAACGAAGGAUAUACGUUGAAGGACCUGGAAAAGUCGCUCCAGCGGUCAGGUCUCGGCGCUGCUGUGACGAGCAGCAUGGCUGGCCUCUCCCUAUCCCCUUCGAAUCGACAGGACAAAGCGCCCAUCGAGAUCGUCGACUCCUGGGAAGAUGAAGCAGAAGACGGCGCACUCUCCGUCCUUCCCCCGACGCUCACCGUCCCCAUCUUCCCCAACCUCACCCGUCUCUCUCUCGGGCACCCCGGAACCGCUGCCUCCUGGACCGACCUCCUCUCUCUCUCAUCCCACCUCAAGACCCUCACCCAUCUCUCGCUCGCAUAUUGGCCGCGGCCCAGCACAACCCCCAACGCAGCAACCACCUCCAUGGUCGCGCGCCACGCGACCGUCUCCCUCGGCGGCUCGCACUUCUACAGUGACCUCGACGACGACUGGCACGAGGCCGCCAAUAUCCUGCGCCGCCUCUCCCUCAACACCUACUGUCUCAAGUGGCUCGACCUCGAGGGCUGCACCUGGCUCAAGGCGCUGACAUGGGACCUGCCCUCCAACGCCGCACCGUACAGAUCGGCCGCCGUCAUGUCAGGCGCCGACGAGUGGGUGCGGCCCUCGUCGUCGCCAGGCCCCGACUGGAACGGCGCGUGGCGGCAGAUUGAGUACAUCAACUUGUUCCAGGGCUGGAUACCCAGCGAUACGAAGAGCCUACAGAAUAUGCCCGCCGGGGUUGUUCCCGUGCAGCUGAUGCGGUGGCUGAGAGAGAACGGGAGGAGGUCGGGUGUGAAGCAGGUGCUGGGGGACGAGGGGGCGUACGGGGCUGUCGAGUGGGUUGAGAAGGAGAAAGUCGCGCGCAGCGUCGGGUUUGCGGUGCAGAGUCUCAGGAAGGUGGGUGGGGGAAAGUAUUGUCGGGUGGACUAUGGCUGGGGUGGAGAACCGUAGUGGGGAGGCUGGCAGGCGCAGAAUGCCACCGCGAAGUGCAUGCAGUACCUUUGAAGACAAUGGCAGAGCUGUAUGCUGUUGUGUCUGUUUUAGCCCCUUGCGGAGAUGCGUUGCUCUCCCGAGACUGUCACUGCAGGAUGCACGGUGCGAUACUUCCCAC